GAAGAAUUCCACAAAUCCGUGAGCCCGGAAGUAUUUAGUUAUUCAUGCCUGCUAGCUUGACAGUGGUUACAUAAGAUAGCUGCAGUUUUUUUUGUGCUGUGGAGCUAGGAUUCAGAAUCAUUGCGUCGUUUACGAACACGAAUGACCAUCAACAACUGAUUGAUUUCACGACUCAUAAUGGCUCAUGCUGGAAAACCCAGCAUUGACAAAAAGGUCUUGCAGUAUGAAACGUUUAUUAGCGAUGUGUUGAAACGAGAUUUGGAGAGGGUAUUGGAGCAAAGAGAUGGAGUGUAUGAAAAAAUUGCACAAUAUCUACAACUGAAAAAUACCAUUGACAGCCUAAAGGAAUCUGAGACGAAGGGACUCAAAACAGAGAUAGAUCUUGGCUGUAAUUUCUACGUCCAAGCACAUGUGGAGGACUCGUCAAAAAUCUUUGUCGCUGUUGGAUAUGGCUUUUUUGUCGAGUUAACGCACUCGGAAGCUCUGAAGUUCAUUGAGAAAAAGACAAAUCAGCUUACAGUACAUACCGAAGUGUUGACCAAAGACGCAGCUAAAAUCAAAGCCAACAUUCGCAUGGUGUUGGAGGGAUUAAGAGAACUUCAAAGUCUUACGGAUGUUCCGGAGAAAAGGAUGAGAGAUGCUCUUUAGCUGCAGUAGUGCUUCUGUUCAGACCUUUAGAUAUCAGUUUUCUAUCACAUUCAUAAUAGUGAUAAGACUGUAUUAUUUCCAUUGCUCUUUGGUUUAUCUGAAGUAAUAUAAAUGGUGUGUAAAACAAACCUUUGAUACAAACUUGGCAUCUGAACAGGUUGUACUGUUUAGAAGUUGCUUUAAAACUGUAAUUCUGCAUAAAAUAAAAUGGGGAAAGAAGUUUUAAAAUCUGUUAAA